GACCGGCCGCAAGGGUCUCCUGCCGCGCGGGAGCGAGUCCGGAAGCCCGCGCGGGCGCGCGCGUGACCAGGCCCCGAGGGCGCGGGGCGAGGCCGGGGGCGGGGCCGGACACACCUGGCGGCGCCCGGAAGCCGCGUGCGGCGUGCCCGAGCUUCGCCAGGUGCCGGGAGGCAGGAAAGCCCGCGCGAGUUGCCUGAUGCACACGGCGUGCCAAAUCUUUCUGCGAAAGCCUUUAAAGCUAAAUCUGCCUCUGAUCCUUAAUCUAGCCUGUGACGCCGCUAGUAUCUCAGUUGCAACUGGAGUUCUGCCUUCAUAGUUCCCAGGCUUCACCCAAAAACUGCAAAAAAUGAACAAAUCCCAGGGAUCCGUUUCAUUCACGGAUGUGACCGUGGACUUCACUCAGGAGGAAUGGGAGCAGCUGGACCCCUCACAGAGGAUUCUGUACAUGGAUGUGAUGCUGGAGAAUUAUAGCAACUUACUGUCAGUGGAGGUGUGGAAGGCUGACGACCAGACGGAGAGGGACCACAGCAACCCAGAUGAGCAGGCGAGGCCAUUUAUCAUUUUUAAGAACCAAACCCCAAUUGAGGAGAGAGGUAAUCUCUUUGGAAAAACAUUUAAUCUCAGCACAGAUUUUGUUUCUUUAAGGCACGUACCCUAUAAAUAUGACUUAUAUGAAAAAACUUUGAAAUCGAAUUCAGACUUACUUAAUAAUAAUAGAAGCUACGUAAGAAAGAGAGCUGACGAGUGUAACGGAUUUGGAAAAGCACUCCUCUAUCUGAAGCAAGAGAAAACCCAUAAUGGAUUAGAAUACUCUGAAUAUAACAAAAGUGGAAAAGUCUUUAAAGAAGCCAUUUUUAAACAUCAAAAAAUUAGAAAUUUAGUACAACCUUUUAUUUGUAAUUACUGUGACAAAGCUUUCUCCUUUAAGUCACUCCUCAUUAGUCACAAGAGAAUACACACUGGAGAAAAACCUUAUGAAUGUAAUGUAUGUAAGAAAACCUUCUCCCAUAAAGCAAACCUCAUUAAACAUCAAAGAAUUCAUACGGGGGAGAAACCCUUUGAAUGUAUUGAAUGCGGAAAAGCUUUCACCCACCAGUCAAACCUCAUCGUUCACCAGAGGGCACACAUGGAGAAGAAGCCCUAUGAAUGCAGUGAUUGCGGCAAGACAUUUGCCCAGAAAUUUGAACUUACUACCCACCAGAGAAUUCACACGGGAGAACGACCCUAUGAGUGUACUGAAUGCGCAAAAACCUUCUUCAAGAAGUCCAACCUCAUUAUACAUCAGAAAAUUCACACAGGGGAGAAACGCUAUGAGUGCAGUGAAUGUGGGAAGUCCUUUAUCCAGAACUCACAACUCAUUAUACACAUGAGAACUCAUACCGGGGAGAAACCCUAUGAAUGUACUGAAUGUGGCAAGACAUUCAGCCAGAGGUCAACCCUUAGAUUACAUUUGCGAAUCCACACAGGAGAGAAACCGUACGAGUGUUCUGAAUGUGGGAAGGCCUUCAGCAGGAAAUCCCGGCUCAGUGUCCAUCAAAGAGUUCACUUAGGGGAAAAGCCCUGAGAAUGGAGCCAGCCAGGACUGUGGAAAACCCUUCCACCCCAACCCUUGACCAUGGGGGAGAAACCGCACAAAGGUGCUGAAGGAACAUGGAAAUUCAUAGUGAGAUACAAUCCAUCACAUCAAAAACAUGUAAAAACAGGGUCCCCUCAGAACAGUGUUCUACCCAAAGUUAGAUACGAUGCCCAGCUAAAUACACAUCAGCGUAUAUCCAAUUGUAAAUAGACAUGCUUAGAUGUAUUACAGUGAGCUUUUUAAAAUCUUGAAUUACUCAAGAAUGAAAUGUUCUGGUCAGCAGCAUAAAGGCUCAAUACCUUAGGAAUUUAGUGGUUAUGUGUGAUCCUAUCUUAGAUCUACACAUGUAAAUUUAACAGUUACUGGGAGUUUGAAAUUCUUGUCCUCUGAGACACUUGGGGCACGAAUAAGAUUUUCCACGCUAAACAUAGCGUGUUUUUCAGUACCUUUCCGAGCCAGGAUGCAUUCCACAUGAAAUAGGUAACAGUUUCCUUAGCAUAUGGCCUAUGUUUUCUUCUACUGCUCGCUGGCAUAGAGAGUCGGUCUGACCAUCGUUAUUCCGCUGCCUCUGCAAUAAACAGAAGACAAUGUUGAAGUUCUAACUUGUUUCUGGGGUUGCUAAUCACAUCAGUAUGUAAAUGAGCCAUAAUUAAGAGGGGAUUUCGAGAGUGCAAGAGCACUGUGGGCCAUGCCCCAGCUGAAGAGGCCCUGUCUCGAGCGCACAGUUGUUUUGCAGUGGGCUGUUUGUUUACGUGCAAAUGCAUGUCUUUCAACAUCGUGUAUAACCCAGAAACCACUUGUAUUUUUAUUUUUGUUUCCCUGUUGCUCUUAAUAUUUUACAAAUUGUCUUAUAAAAAAGUAGGAUGUGUAUGUGGUUCACAAAUGUUACAUUUUAGAGACUUUAGAGAAAAAAUUUAAGAAACUGUCAGUAAAUGUCUUACUGCUUUUUAAAAUGUCCAUGUGCACAACACUUUAGAAAUGCGUUUUUGCCACAUUCUGUUUAAAGGAGUCAUUUCCACUCCUUGAGUUUCACGGUCAUCAACCAAAAGCAUCUCCCUUUGGAACUCUUUAGCACAGGUUAAGCCUUUCAAGGUUCACAAACACCUUAAAAGUUAAACAUAUGGCGAGAUCACUGAAAAGUCUAACAAUUAACCUAAAAAAAAAAAAAAAAGCUUUUU